AUGUCGGGCGAGGCGUGGUUAUACCUCUUUGCGGUGUUGAUAAACGCCGUCAACCUGUUCCUGCAGGUCUUCUUCACCAUCAUGUACAGCGACCUGGAAUGCGACUACAUCAACCCCAUCGAUCUGUGCAACCGUCUGAACACGUACAUCAUCCCCGAGGCCGCCGUGCACGGCUUCCUGACCUUCCUGUUCCUCAUCAACGGAUACUGGCUGGCCCUCAUCCUCAACCUACCCCUGCUCGCCUGGAACGUCAAGAAGAUCGUCGAGAACACCCACCUGCUGGAUGCCACCGAGAUCUUCCGCAAGCUUAAUGUCCACAAGAAGGAGUCCUUCUUCAAGUUGGGCUUCCACCUCGUCAUGUUCUUCUUCUAUCUGUACAGCAUGAUCGUCGCCCUGAUCAGGGACGAGACGCACUAG